UCGCCUCAGUGCAAACAGCGAGCCAUUGCUUUGACGUCACGAUGAUGAUGAUGAUUGGAAUCCGCACGGCGAGUGUAGUGCGCGUGAAGCGGCUCCUGUGAACCUCAGUGUGUUGAUGCCUUAAUAACAAGUGUUCAGUUUACGCGCCAAUUGCAGGAGCACUCAAGGAGAGAAGCAAAUCCGUGAGAUGGUUCGGUAGAUGUCGAUGUAAUGGAUUUGACAAAAAUGGGUGCGAUCCACCUCCAGAACCCCGGCUACCCCACAUCGCUCCUGCAGAAGGCCAACCAGAUGCGCCUCUCUGGGACAUUGUGUGAUGUGGUCAUCAUGGUCGACAGCCAGGAGUUUCAUGCCCACAGAACCGUGCUCGCAUGUGCGAGUAAGAUGUUUGAGAUCCUGUUCCACCGCAACAGCCAACAUUACACUCUGGACUUCCUCUCACCAAAGACCUUCCAGCAGAUUCUGGAGUACGCCUACACAGCCACGCUCCAAGCCAAGCUGGAGGACCUGGACGACCUGCUGUACGCCGCAGAGAUUUUAGAGAUAGAAUACUUGGAGGAGCAAUGUCUGAAGAUCUUGGAAACCAUCCAGGCGUCCGAAGAGAACGACACGGACGUGAACAUGAACGAAAAUGGCGCCGAGGAUGCAGAUGACCGCAGGAUCAAGUACCUUAAGAGCACAUUUAUCUCUAAAAAGCAUUCCAUACAGGACGCCGGCCAUCGCCAUCGCUUGGCGCUGGUCAGCAUGGUCGAUAAGAGAUCUUCAGAGUCCACCCAACUGGGUCUUUCAACCGUCAGCCCAACUAAAGCAGCCGUAGAGGGCCUGAUGAGCAUGGGGCAGUCUGUCCUCCAAGGAAACAUGGCCCAGAGUUUCUCAAACAAUCUUGGUAACUCAUCUCCAUUGCUAGAUAAAAUCAAGACUGAGAUGAUGCAGGUAGAUGAGGACUACCAACAUGAUGGUGGCUUCCCCAGGAACGGAGAGGGCGGAGGUGACCACAGGCAGCUCCGGGACACCCCUGGAACCCCGACCAGAGGUAGCGUCAUCACCAGCGCCCGCGAGCUCCACUCCGCCGAUAGUUCUGCUGAUUCCCAAGGAGACAACAGCCAAGUGGGUCUAGUCAAUAUGGCCAGUCUGGCUGAUAGACAUUUCGCCUCGCUGUGCUCUAUCCCGUCCAACCAUAAGAGUGAAAGCAUGCUGCCCUUGCCUGUGUCCAUGGCCUCAUCGCUACAUGUGCCACCCUCCCUGGCCAUGUCGAUGGAUUUCAGUGCCUAUGGGGGGCUCUUCCAUCAGAGCUUGAUUCAGAGGGAGUUCUUAAGCAAGCUUGGGCAUUUCACAGCGAAUGUAAAGCAUGAUGUCCAAACCCAGAAAGAAAGAUGUGAGGUGUGUGAUAUGGAGCUGCCUGAUAAUGAAGCUGCUGAACAACACAGGAAGUUGCAUAGUGGAGUGAAGACCUUUGGCUGUGAGUUCUGUGGAAAGCAGUUCCUGGACAGUUUGCGAUUGAGGAUGCACAUGCUGUCUCAUUCAGCUGGACCAAAAGCACUAGUAUGUGAUCAGUGUGGCGCUCAGUUUUCCAAGGAAGACGCCCUGGAAGCCCAUCGACAGACUCACACAGGCUCAGACAUGGCAGUGUUUUGUCUCCUAUGUGGGAAGCGUUUCCAGACCCAGAAGGCUUUGCAGCAGCACAUGGAGAUUCACGCCGGCAUGCGCAGCUACGUCUGCAGCGAGUGCGAGCGCACCUUCCCGAGCCACACAGCGCUCAAACGCCAUCUUCGCUCGCACACAGGUGACCACCCGUUCGAGUGUGAGUUCUGCGGGAGCUGCUUCCGUGAUGAGAGCACUCUGAAGGGUCACAAGCGCAUCCACACCGGAGAGAAGCCUUAUGAAUGUAACGGCUGUGGCAAGAAAUUCAGCCUCAAGCACCAGCUGGAGACCCACUACCGCAUCCAUACAGGUGAGAAGCCGUUUGAGUGCAAGCUGUGCCACCAGCGCUCGCGGGACUACUCCGCCAUGAUCAAACACCUGCGUACCCACAACGGCGCUUCGCCCUACCAGUGCACCAUCUGCCAGGAGUACUGCCCCAGCCUCUCGUCCAUGCAGAAGCACAUGAAGGCCCACAAGCCCGAGGACGUGCCCCCAGACUGGAGGAUAGAGAAGACCUACCUGUACCUCUGCUACGUGUGAGAUGGGCCGACAAAACCGAAUGAGAAAGUGGCAAGAUGCGCCCAAGGACAAUUCACCUGAAGGUUUGCUUUUGGUCCAGGCCAAAGACGGUGAGGGGGCGUGGUCAAAGUGAUGUAAUGUCAUGUGGAUUUAUUUGACCUUUUGUUUGUGACAUGCAUUUGUGCACAGUUUUAGGAUGUAACUGCACUAACAAAUGUUUAUGAAAUGGAAAUGUUAUAUGUGGUAAAGGGAUGUGAAUUUUGAGAACGUGUUAGUACAGUCCACCACUAUGACGAGAAUCCAUUUGUCUGCAUUCCACCCUGUUGAUUGGAGAAAUUCACUGCAUGAUUAUACUUGUAAUGUUUUAUUCAAAUAUGGAUUCCCAUCAUUUUUUCUCCAUGGACAACACAUAAGCCAUAGAUUUUUAAGACCCCAUGAAAUCUGUCAUAGGGAUCGUCCAGUAGGCUUUAGUUACAUCACAAACAUAAUUUUAAAUGCAUAUCCGUUAAAGGUCAACGUUUAGAAUAUGCUAGCAACCUCAAAGCUAACAAACAUGGACUCAAAGCCUACUAUUUUAAUUUCAUGGAGUCUUAAUGGAGCUAUUCUGAGUUGAAUAAAAACAUGGACCAAAGCUGAAAACUCUCACACACGAUGAAAUAGAGGAGCUAAACACAUUAGUGAAUGAAAUUAUGCCCCUUUUUAGUAAAUUGCUCCCUUAAGUUCAUUAUUAGGCUCUCCAGUCCUCAAUUUUCAUGUUUUUUUUUUAUAAAUACAUGCGAGAAAAUGCACAGAGUUGGACCCAUUAGUAAUUUUCUUUAAAGCGUUAUAAAGUGCUUAACAAAACAGCUUUUCUCAGUGGUACAUCCAAAUUGUGCUGCCAAGCAACUGUAGUGGAUGUUCAGGGACAUUUAUUCAACCUUAAAUAACUACACUGUGCACUUUCAGAGUUUCAGAGGCCCGUAUUUUUAUUGUUUUCAGCACCAUUUCUGCAUUUUGUGCAUUCAGACGAAGCCAGAGAGCUGAAUCUCUGUGAUUUGCUUUUAUUUCAGUCACUUUCCCACCAAAUAGUACAGCUAUCAGCUUAUUUCUUUUUUUUUUAUGUUCACAUGGUAAUAUGGCAAAAUCACAUUUUUGCAACUGCAGGCAUUUUAGUCUAAUGAAAUGUUAAUAUCGUACUCAUAAAUCAAAUUAUGAAUUAAAAAGAGAUUAUUUUUUACAUUUAAAAACCGCAAUGCAGUAUGUUUCUGUGUUCCUGUGGCUCAGUGGUAGAGCAUUGCGUUAGCAGUGCAAAAGGUUGUGGGUUUGAUUCCCAGGGAACACAUGUUAGGUAAACGUUAAAUGUUAGCCUGAAUGCACUGUAAGUCGCUUUGGAUAAAAGCGUCUGCUAAAUGCAUAAAUGUAAAGGUUUCUGCAGUCUUCUGCUGAGGAUACCUGUAGUUAGCGCACCGUUGUAGUUUGUGUUCUGUCAUCUCUGUUCGAACGUUUUACUUGAAUUGCCUAAUUUUGUUACCUCACAUGCUAGAUUUAUUUUUGUUCUAGUCUUUGUCUCUCAUUUCCUGCUGAGCUUUGUUUAAGAGCUGUACAACGCAUUUAGAAUGCCACAUCAUCAGGCCCAAACGGAAUCAGAGAGAAAUUUAAGAGAAAAUUAGAAUGUUUGUUCACAACUUUCUAUAUAUCUUCUGCCCCUUAGAUGUUUAUGUUUUGGUUAAUUGGUAAAUGUUUUAUCUAUCAAGACUUUAGUACUUUACAUUUAAGGCAUUUUACUAUGUUUAAAUCUUUUAUGUUCUACUAAAAAAAUGGUAAAGGUGUGGUCACAUUUGCUUUUUUGUUUCGCAAAUUUCAACAGGCAAAAUCACAAUAACUCAUGGCAAUACGUAACUAUUUAAUGUUUUGGCAAAUUGGUGACCAAUUGGUGUAAAUUUGUACAAUCUCAUUUAUACUUUUUGUAUGCUCUGCUUACGCCUUCAUGCUUAGUAUUUUUCUAAAAAUCUUCCAUUUGCGCACCAAUCAAAUUGUACAAAUUCAUACAAAAACACCUCCUCAUAAAAUAGUUACGUUUUCUCAUGAGAUCAGGUUGGAAAUCCAGUCUUUUCUAUAGGAAUCAACGUGUUCAGAACUUUUACAUAAGAGAGAAAGAUUUUCAUUCAGAUUUUGCAACAGGUUCAAAUUCAUAAAUCCAAAUGAUCAAGAAUUUCAUAUGAGAGCGAAACAUUUCCACUUGCACAGAUUUCACAACGAGUUUAAAGGUAGUGUAGGUGAUUUUGGAGAGGCUAGCUUUGACAGCAUAAGAUCCCACCCUCCCUGCAAAUCACUCUCUAAAGCCACACCUCCUCCAAAUCACAAGAACACACACAGGCAAACCAGAGGUUAACCAGCGACACAAUGUGAGACGGCUUUGGUACAGGGUUGAAUGCAACGCUAUCAGAUUAACUCGUUUCUCUUUCACCGCUUCAUGCUUACGUCUAUUCUCUAAAAAUCGUACGUUUUCAUAUAAAUAACAUAUGCUAUCAUAUAAAAUUCACCCAUCACUAUAGUAUUGACAAUGGACCUUUUUUGCUUAUGAAACGAUUCUGAAAUUUGCUAAUGUGACCACAUCUUAAAUGCUGAUUCCGUCUGGGUCUGUAAAUUAUUCAGUGUUGUUUUAGCGUUAAGCAUAGUACUAGUGUGCAUAUCUGCCUCUCGGCCAUCAGUUUCAGGGCUACCUCUACUCUGCUCUCAGUUUUGCACUAAAGCAAAAGCACAUUUUUGUUUUGCUUGUAACUAGCAUUUUCAUUUACACCCACUCUUAUGUUUUCAUUCACUAGAAAAAAAAAAAAAAAACCCGGUUCAUUCGUCAUUAUAUUUACACUCCUUACGAUAAAACGUAUUCAGCCUGAAAGGGUAGAUGCAUACAUUCUAGAUGAUUUUAGAAUAGCGUUGAGAAAAUGUUUAGUUAUUAGAUACUUGAGGGGAUAAACUUGAAACAAUGUGAAUAAAAAUGAUGUUUUUAUGUGAAAAUUAUUCAAGCGGUAAGUCAUCAGAGAUGCGGUACUGAUGCGUGCAGUUACGUGGAAAGUUCACUAGAGAAAACAAAAACAAAUAGGUGAUUUUCUGUGAAAAUAAAUCUCUCGACAAGAGCCAAACACGGCACUUUGAUAAGGGAAUAUGUUGUAUUUUUGUACGGGGUAUUGUGCGACCCGUUCUUUUUUUUUUGUUCUUUUUUUUUAAGUGAGGCGAAUAUUUUUACAGUAUCUUUUGCAUUUGUGCUUGUUCUUGAUUUGCGUGGAAAAUUGUUUUCUUGUGCUUAUUUUACAAUGUUAAACAUACAAGUAGUAGAUGUUUGUAAAAACAUAUUGUAGUCAUUGCUGCUGGGUGUCAGUUCAUAUGAUGAUGAUGGUGAUUCCACAUUUUGAGUAUAAAAUGACUGUGAGUGAACUAAUGCCAAGAGCUGUAAGUCAAGGAGCACAAGCGACCUGUAAGACAUGAAAAGUAAAGCUGUAUCUGUGUGUUUGUAUCGUGUUCACCGCUCACUGUAAGAUUAGAGUCACCUAUACGGUCUGUACUGGUCCUUGUGUGUGCAGUGUGAGUCAAUGUGGUCGACUUGUUCAGUGUUAAAUACAUGCACCGGUUAGCAACAAAGAGGUGCUCUGACAGACACCCUGUAAAUGAUUUAAUGCAUCAUCUGCCCUGUAUUUUUGUCUUUAUGCAAAGUCACCUUGAUAUGAACUGUGCUCUUAGGCAAUCAGGGAUGCCUUCACUUUACUCACGGAACAUCAUAGAUAUCAAUUUUAGAAUAAACACCUACACUUUCCUUAUCAUUAUCGAUACUACAUUUAUUUUUGUAACCCCCUUUUUUUUAGUCCCCACAAGCAAUAAAUCUACAGGUCAGCAUUUAAGUGAAAACUUGGCAUCCCUGCCGCUGUAUCACUGUGUUUUACUUUGCUUUCAGACAGGAAGUAGCCAUGUCACUCAGUGCGCCCGUAUUUGUGCCAUUGUUACACAAAUUAAUACUCGGACUGAGGAUCCACAUGGGACCAAACGGCCAUUUUCGCUCCAUUCGCCUUGUUCUAGUGACAAGACCGUGUUCUUGGUGUGGAAAUGGUUUUACAUUCAUUGUGUUUUACUUUAUUGUAUUGUCUACCUCAGCACCAGUUCUUUGUGUAACUUUUAAAAGGUGCCCAAUUAUUGUUACUUUGUUUUGUGCAUAAAUUUUGUAUUAUAGCCUUGUAGGGUUUUUGUUCUCCUCUUUGUUUCAGCAUAGAGAUGCUGUUUUGAAGCACUGUGUGGUGAUUUUGAUGCUGCAGAUAGAGGUGUAGAUUCCUUUUCCCUUCUCUAUGUGGGUUCAGACACAUCUCUGUGUACGUCAGUGUUCUAAAAUAAACUUGUAACAGAAAUGUCA